AUGUCAGCCAAAGUCUUAGACCGUGAAGAACCAAAUUACUUUGGUGCUGGUCCUGCUAUAUUGCCAACUAGUGUUCUUCAAGAAGCUGCUUACGAUUUAAUCAGUUACCAAGGAGAAAACGUUGGAAUCGGUGAAAUUUCUCACCGUUCAAAACCCGCAAUUAAGGUAAUCGAUGACACAAAGGCUCACUUGAAAGAAUUGUUAAACAUCCCAGACACGCAUGAAGUAUUUUUCUUGCAAGGUGGUGGUACCUCUGGAUUCUCAUCCAUCGCCUACAACUUAAUUGCCAACUAUGCCGCUAAGACAGGUAAAAAGGGUAAAGGAGCCUAUGCAGUUACUGGAUCAUGGUCCAAGAAGUCAGCUGAAGAGGCUGUGAGAUUAGGAUUCGAUGUUGAUGUUGUGGUUGAUACCAAGGCAUCCUCAAAGUUCACGGCUAUACCACCAUACAGUGAAUGGAAACCAAUCGAUGCCGAGAAUACUUCAUUCUUGUACGUUUGUGACAAUGAGACUGUUAACGGUACCGAAUUUCAAGACAUUCCAAGUGCUGAUUACAUACCUGAAGGAGUGGAAUUGGUGGCCGACAUGUCAUCUAACAUAUUAAGUAAGAAGAUCGAUGUUGCCAAGUACGGUUUGAUAAUGGCUGGUGCUCAAAAGAAUGUAGGAUUGGCAGGUAUUACCAUUUAUAUCAUUAAGAAGUCAUUGAUAGAGCAUGCAGACGAUGCCAAAUUAAAGGAAUUAGGAAUUCCAUUAGCACCAAUAGCUUUCCACUACCCCACAGUGAUUGCCAACAAUUCUGCGUAUAAUACUAUCCCAAUUUUCACCACUCAUAUUUUGAAGUUGGUUUUGGCUAAAUUAAUAGCCAGUGGUGGAAUUGAGGCAAUUCAAAAGAUCAACGAAGAGAAGGCCUCCUUACUCUAUACCGCCUUGGACCAAUACCCUGAGGUCUACACUGUUCCAGUAGACCCCAAGGUUCGCUCAAAGAUGAAUGUUGUGUUCACUUUGAAGGAUGACUCUAAGGAUGGCGUAUUUAUCUCUGAUGCCGCAGAGAGGAAACUUACUGGCUUGAAAGGUCACAGAUCAGUUGGUGGAAUGAGAGCAUCAAUAUAUAACGCUGUGAGUUUGGACAGUGUGAAGUUACUCGUUGAGUUUAUCCAUGAGUUUGCCAAAGGGGAAUGA